GACAUAGACGCCAAUCCAUCGUCGUCCUGAGAAAACAUUCCGGUAGAACUGGAACAAGAUGGGGAGGGAGCAGCCAACUCAAUCUCAGUCUCAAAUGUCAUACACCGUCGAGCAACUCGUUGCUGUCAAUCCCUACAAUCCUGACAUUCUUCCCGACCUCGAGAAUUAUGUCAACGAACAGGUUUCAUCACAGACCUACAGUUUAGAAGCAAACCUUUGUCUUCUUCGCCUCUAUCAGUUUGAGCCAGAGCGAAUGAGCACUCAGAUUGUUGCCCGGAUUUUGAUCAAGGCUCUUAUGGCCAUGCCUGCUCCAGAUUUCAGCUUAUGCCUCUUUUUGAUUCCAGAAAGAGUGCAAAUGGAUGAGCAGUUCAAGACUCUUAUAGUUCUUUCUCACUAUCUUGAGACUGCCAAAUUUCGUCAGUUUUGGGAUGAAGCAGCUAAAAACCGCCAUAUUCUAGAUGUUGUGCCAGGAUUUGAGCAAGCAAUUCAAAGAUAUGCAGUUAAUGUUCUCUCUCUAACAUACCAAAAGGUCCCGAGGACUGUUAUUGCUGAGGCGACUAAUAUUGAGGGGGUGUCUUUGGAUAAGUUUAUUGAGCACCACGUGGCAAACAGUGGUUGGGUAGUGACAAAGGGACAAGGGAAAGGGCAACUUGUUUCACUGCCAAGUAAUGAGUUUAAUCAUCCAGACCUCAAGAGAAGCACUGCAGACAGCAUUCCCUUGGAGCAUAUCACUCGAAUUUUCCCUGUUCUUGGUUGAGAUUGUUCUCUUAACAUAUGAUGAUUUAUCAAAUCUUGUGAUGUUUUUUGUACUCAAUUUGAGAACCUUAUUGCUUCAUGCAAAGAUAUUGUUUGUCCUUAAAGAGAUGUUUUUGUAAUUUACAUUCAUCCAUGGGUUUGAAUUGCAUUACUUGAGCA